UUUUUCCCCGUCUCGAAAGCCCAGCAGAGGCACCAGCUGCACCGCCGGCCUGCGCCCGCCCCGGGAAGAUGGGAAGCAAGGCUCUGCCAGCCCCCAUCCCGCUGCACCCGUCCCUGCAACUCACCAACUACUCCUUCCUCCAGGCUGUGAACACCUUCCCCGCAGCUGUGGACCAGUUGCAAGGUCUGUAUGGACUCAGCGCCGUGCAAACCAUGCACAUGAACCACUGGACACUGGGCUACCCCAAUGUGCAUGAAAUCACCCGCUCCACCAUCACGGAGAUGGCGGCCGCCCAGGGCUUGGUGGACUCCCGCUUCCCUUUCCCCACGCUCCCCUUCGCCACGCACCUCUUCCACCCCAAGCAAGGGACCAUCGCCCACGUCCUCCCGGCCUUGCACAAGGACAGGCCCCGCUUUGACUUUGCCAACCUGGCCGUGGCCGCCACGCAGGAGGACCCCCCCAAGGUGGGGGAGCUCGCCAAGCUGAGCCCCGGACUGACGUCGCCCCUGUCGGGCAUCAGCAAGCUGUCCCCGGACAGGAAGCCCUCCCGCGGCCGCCUGCCCUCCAAGACGAAAAAGGAGUUCAUCUGCAAGUUCUGCGGCAGGCACUUCACCAAGUCCUACAACCUCCUCAUCCACGAGCGGACCCACACGGACGAGCGGCCCUACACCUGCGACAUAUGUGGAAGAACCUUUAAUCAAAGAAGUAAUCUGAAAACUCACCUUCUUACCCAUACAGACAUCAAGCCCUACAACUGUGAGCAGUGCGGCAAAGUGUUCAGGCGAAACUGUGAUCUACGGCGGCACAGUCUAACUCACACCCCGCGGCAGGACUUCUAGAGCAGCCAGGGACCCGCGCCCGCUCCGGCAGCUCCAACUUGCCCAUUUUACUCAAGGACUGUGUUGUAGGAACUCACAGACGCGCACACACACACACGGAGACACACACGCAGACUCGGGGCCAAGCUUUCCUACCACACGUCUGCGAAACUCGUUUUGAGAGUGCGGACUGCAGGAUCGGGCCCCUCUCCAACCCACACCCAGGCGUAAAGCUCAUCUUGUAGAUACUCGCGGCUCAUUUUAGAGCUCUGUACAGAAUGUGGUUUUCUUCGUUUGUUUGUUUCGUAUCGUCGUGUCAGAUGCACAUCGGUAACAAAUCGGGGAGGCAAAGUAUCUCUUAAAAGUGUAUUUCAAAAUAAAUCCUUUUUUUUUCCAAAUACCUCCUGCCUUCUUGUAUUAUUCUCUGAACAUUUGGGCUUUUUUUUCCUGCUGUGUCAAUGCAAUGGUAAAGCAUAUUGAAUAAAUUUCCUAGCCGGGUAAUUGUACUGUCACAACAAUUUUGGUGAUCGCUUUUGUUUGGCCUGUUUCACUGUCGCUGUUGUGUUAUCUAUUGUUAAGUAAAAUGAAAGUGCCGUAUUUGCGAGUUUAUAGCUCCAUUACUUAAUAGUCUGAAUGUC